CAGCAUUCAUUACAAUGCAAUGGUGCACACAUGCAGAUUGUUUCUACGUAUUGCUUGCUGAAAACACGUACUGAGCUGUGCCUAAGAGAUCCUGUUACUCUUUUAACUUUCUGAAAAUAUGGGAGGAAGUAGUAGUACUAGUAGUAGCCCAGGGAGAAGAAUUAGUUUGGAACAAGAUGCGGAUGGAGGGGUAGUUAAAGUAUCAGAAGAUGUACUGAGACGCAUGUUUGGAGAAGAGGAAUCAACCAAAUCAACAGGUGACUCAAGAAAUUCAGAACAUCUGCCAAGGAGGUCAGAGGCGAGAUGGAAAGUCCGUAUGGAUGAACUAGAAGAUCAUUACAGGGAAAAACUCAGGAAUGCUGAAGAAAAGAGUGCUGCCUUCUAUAAGUUAACUGCUGACCAGUUCCAGAAAGCUGCAGAUGAAGUUGAAGCAAAGUUCAUGAAGCAACAGUUUGUUCCCAUAUGCGAGAACCUUCAGAAUGAUGUAGUGAAGUGUUAUGCAGAUAACCCGAAGCAGACCUUAAACUGUGCCCAAGAAGUAAAGGCAUUCAAUACAUGCAUAGAACAAGCAAGAAUGAAUAUUUUGCUGAAGAGAGGUGUGGGUACAGCAUCAUAACAGAAAGGAUGAGUGGAUAGCCUGAAAGGAAUAUAUCUGCAAAUCUAUCUAUAACAUGCACCUAUUGUAAAUACAGAUGAUGUGUUUAUCCCUUUUACGGUUCGAUGUGGUACCAAUGAGAGUGAGACCAACACUCAAAACAUGGUCUCCUCAUCUAAGAUCGCUUGUAAUUAAAGUGCAUUAGUCACCCUUAGCAUUUUAUGAGCCAAAUUAUGUCAUUUAUUAUUGGCGACAGUGCCCCAAAUUUAUUCUGAAAAUUCUUUGCAGUUGUAUACAGUAGCAUAGACUUGUACAUGUACAACUAUUUUUAUGCAAGUGUUGCUCUCCAGGAUGUGCCAUUUUCUCAUGCAUUUUCAUCUUUAUGUUUUCAGAUUUUAGGCAUGCUUUAUGGACAUACAUACUGGUGAUAAAGCUUGAAAGUUUGCUGAAUGGUUGUCUGUAAGACAGCUACAUGAAAUGUUUUGUCAGUAGUUUUGCAAGCACAAGGUCUUUAAAUGAGAGUUCACACCCAUUCAGUUCUCAAGUGAUGAUAUGAAAACUGUCUUUUCUACGAACUAAUGCUUAUGAAUUGAUAUCAUUUGCUUAUCAAUAAUAAUCAAAAUGAUGUUACAUAAAGAGCUUCAGAUUAUCAACAGGUGUCUUCUGUAAUUUAAUCACCAUCUAGAGGUGUGAUUGUUUGAACAGGAGUAUGAAUUCAGCUUACUACCUUUUGCACGUCAGGCCAUCACAAUUAUAUUGACAAAGUUUAUAGAUGGCCCAUGGAACAUGUCAAGUACUUGUAGUAUUAAACACAAAUUUAUGAUACUAAAUCCUGUCUUUUGAUUCGGCUAUAAUUUAUAGCUUACUUUUAAUGUAUUCUUUAGGGUGAAGGACAUCAAUGCAAGUAUCAAUACACUAAUAUGUACAAUUUGAAUAUAAUGCAUUUUAUUCAAUUAUGCCAAAGGGGAGCAUUGUUUACAGUAUGUACUUGUUUAUGCAUUGAAUCAGUGGUAACUCCUUCCAAUGCUAUUUUCCUACUUGCUCACGGUAUGUAAUCAACAUUAUUCAUAUCGUCGAUGUGAAAAGUGUUUGUUUCUUUGGUAGAUCGUUGUAAAGAACAAGAGCACAUACCAAGGAUAAUAUGUGAUGUAGAGGAAAUUGCAUUGAAUGUUGACUCUAGGGUUUACAGAUCUUAUCGUUAGCUUUGUUGUCUCUGAGACAAGCAACGAGUGGAAAUCGCAUCAGAUAAUUAAAAAAGAAUUAAAUUGCAGCAUAAUCGUUCAA